AUGGGAAAAUCACUGGUAUACCCCAAGCGGGAGAGCAAUACGAUGAACCGGUAUAAGCAUCGCGGAACGUACGAUCUUGGCCCUAUCCAUUCGAUUGUCAACAGCGCGCCUGUUCUACAUGUGUCUUUCGCCCCUAGUCCAGAUGAUCCAUUUCCAGCCAUUCUUCCCAUGAUCGGCCAGAUGGGAUCGUUCGAUUAUCCCUCGUCUGGCCUGGGCGAUCCCCUUGACUGCUAUCUCCAUGGAUACGUCAGCUCCCGAAUCAUGAACCUGGCUCGCGCAAGCAAUGGUGAAGGACUCCCUGUUUGCAUCGCCGCCACUCAUGUUGACGGCUUAAUCCUCUCCCUGACUCCCAAUUCGCACAGUUACAACUACCGCUCCGCUGUGUUGCACGGAUACGCAACCCUCGUGACGGGCGAGGAGGAAAAGAUUUGGGCGAUGAAAAUGAUCACCAACGCUGUGGUCCCUCAGCGAUGGGAGCAUACCCGUAUCCCACCGGAUGGAGCAGAAAUGCAAUCUACCACCAUUCUCAAAGUCAGAAUCGUCGACGGCAGCGGGAAGAUCAGAGAUGGAGGGGUUUCUGACGAGAAGAAGGAUACUGGAAAGAGCGAAGUCACGGAAAAGGUCUGGACCGGUGUCGUCCCUGUGUGGCAGACAUUCGGGGAGCCUCUGCCAGAUAAGUUGAACAAGGUCAAGGAAGUUCCGGAACAUAUCACUUCCUACAUUGCGACAGCAAAUGCGCGGAACCAACAAUAUGCAGUGGAUGCAGUCAAAAUACCGCUACCAAAAGAGGAAGUACACUAA